AUGCUGCCCCUGCUGUUGCUGCCCCUGCUGUGGGGGGGGUCCCUGCAGCAGGAUGAGGGGUUCGAGCUACAAGUGCCGGAGCGGGUGACGGUGCAGGAAGGCCUGUGCGUCCUGGUUCCCUGCACAUUCCUCUAUCCUGGGAAAUCACCUUGGGACUCCUCUCCACUCUACAUCUCCUGGUUCUGGUCUGGGGACAGAAUACAGUAUGAUCCUCCAGUGGUCACAAACAACCCAAACCGAUGGGUGAAGACAGAGACUCGGGGCCGAUUCCACCUCCUUGGGGACCCCAUGACCAACAGCUGCACGCUGAGCAUCAGGGACGCCAAGAAGAGAGACACAGGGACCUACAUCUUCCACAUAGAGAGAGACUAUUAUGAAAAACAUACCUACCAACAAAAGACACUGAAUGUGCAGGUGACAGGGCCCCAGCCUAGGGACCAGCGCUUCCAGCUGGAGGUGCAGAGCUCGGUGGCGGUGCCGGAGGGGCUCUGCGCCCACGUGCCCUGCUCCGUCUCCUACCCCCCGGAUGGCUGGGCCGACGCGGACCCCGCGCUGGGCUACUGGUUCCGGGAAGGCGCAGCCAGGGACGCCGCCCCCAGGCCUCCAGUGGCCACCAACGACCCACACCGAGAGGUCGCCAAGGAGACCCGGGGCCGAUUCCAGCUCCUCGGCGACCCCCGGACCGGGGGCUGCUCCCUGGUGAUCAGAGACGUUCGGAGGGCGGACGCGGGCACCUACUUCUUUCGGGUGGAGCGAGGCUCCUACGUGAGAUUUAAUUACAUCGAUUCCAAGCUCUCCCUGGAAGUGACAGACCGGAGGCAGGUCCCUGAUGUCUACAUGCCCGAGGCCCUGGAGCCCGGCCGCCCGGCCACGCUGCUCUGUGUGUUCCACUGGGCCUUCGAGGGCUGUCCGGCCCCCACGUUCUCCUGGAGGGGGGCGGCCGCCGACGGCCGAGCAGCCGGGCCGCGAACCUCCCACGUCUUGUCUGAGCUCACCUUCACGCCGAGGGCCCAGGACCACGGCACCGAGCUCACCUGUCGCGUGGACUUCUCCGGAACCCGCGUCAGCGCAGAGAGGACCGUCCGACUGAAUGUGGCCCACGCCCCUAAGGACCUGGUCAUCAACGUUUCCUGGGCCAAGACAUCAGAUCCUGGUGUGUCGCCCCAGGGAAACAACUCAUGUCUGCAAGUCUGGAGAGGCCAGUUCCUGCGGCUGUCCUGUGAGGCCGACGGCCAGCCCCCGGCCACGCUGGGCUGGGUCCUGAACGACAGGGUGCUCGCCAGGUCCCCGCCCUCGGGGUCCAGAACCCUGGAACUGGAGCUGCCUCGGGUGGGGCCCGGGGACGGAGGGCGCUACACCUGCCGCGCAGAGAACAGGCUGGGCUCCCUGCAGGCCUGGCUGGACCUCUCUGUGCAGUACCCUCCAGAGAACCUGCGAGUGACCGUGUCCCAAGCAAACAGGACAGUCCUGGAAAACUUCGAGAGCGGCAUGUCCGUCUCAGUCCUGGAAGGGGAGUCCCUGCGCCUCGUCUGUGUCGCCGACAGCAACCCCCUGGCGGCGCUGAGCUGGGCCCGGGGCAGGCCCGCCCUGAGCCCCUCGCAGCCCUCGGGUCCCGGGGUCCUGGAGUUGCCUCGGGUUCAGAAGGACGACGAAGGGGAGUUCACCUGCCGAGCUCAGAACUCGCUGGGCUCCGCGAGCAUCUCCGUGCGCCUCGUUGUGUUCUACCCACCGCAGCUGCGCGGCCCCGCCUGCUCCUGGGAGGGCGUGGGUCUGCGCUGCGGCUGCUCCGCCCGAGCCUGGCCCGCCCCCUCCGUGCGCUGGCGGGUCGGGGACGAGCUGCUGGAGGCGAACAGCAGCAACGCCUCGGUUACGGUCACCUCCAGCUCGGCCGGGCCCUGGGCCAACAGCUCCCUGCGCCUCCGCGCGGGGCCGGGCUCUAUCCUCAGACUCGGCUGUGAGGCCUGGAAUGGCCGUCGGAACCAGAGUGUCAGCGUCCUGCUGCUGCCAGGGAAAUCAUCACCUAAGACAGAAAUGCUUUUGGGGGCCCUUGUAGGGGUCGGAGCCAUGGCCCUGUUCUCGCUUUGCGUGUGUCUCGCCUUCUACUGCAUGUAA